AUGGUAUAUAAAUAUACAGACGACCAACAAUGGGACGCAGUACACAACCAGCUCGCGCUAUAAUGAAUACAUCCGUCGUUUUACUUUUGUGCAGUGUUGUGGGUAGUACCUUAGGGUACUAUGUGCAAAGGGAAGCCGCUUACAACACAGGCCCUAAUGAUCCGUACCCGAUUGAAGUGAGCCCGUAUCAACUCCAAGAACAGUCUCAAAGAUUAUUUUGGGGCAAUUCGGGCAGUAACCAAGUAGGCGGAACGGGAUGGUGGGCUAUGCUCACUAACAAAUUCCCAUUCUUAAACAGCAUGUUCGGCCGUAUGGAGCUGCCUUCGCAAUACGGAGUUCCGAAUGAACCUCAAACAUAUUACGGUGUACCUAAUCAGCCCCUAUCUACACAAUACGGAGUGCCCGCUAGAAUCCAGGCACAGUUCUACAAAUCCGUGCCAUAUUAUCAACAACAGUCGAACCAAUUUCGUCCAUCUGCCCGUGACGUAGGCUUAACAGAUGACGCAGUGAUAAUAACACCACCUCAAGUGCCGAUACAACCCGCACCAGCUCCAGCGCCUGUUCCUGUCCCGUCACCAGGGCCUGCCCACGGUUACCAAUACAAUAUACCACAACAAAGAUUAGAGCUCCCUCAUAAAUAAAUCUUAAAUUCUCACAGUGUCAAUUAAAAGCCUUAAAAGAAAAAAUACACACGUGUUACACUAAAAAAAGUAAGUAUGUAAUAACAAUGAUGUUUAAACAAAAACAUCAAAAUGAUACGAAAGUUUCAGUAGUGCAACAUUACGGGUAUUAUUAGAUAUAAGUUAAAAUAAGUACUAUCGUCUAUCUUAGGGAGCUCUCUUUCUUUUUUUAAUGGCGUGACUACAUCAUAUCGAGAUUUAUUAUUGUAAGAAUAAAUAAUACAAUCCAAAGAAAAUUAUGUUAACAUUUUAUAUAAUAAAACGAAACUAACUUUAAAAUGCUUAUUUAUUAAUAUAUCCCGAUGCAAACAUAGAAGCAAUGUAUAAUAAUCGUACCUCAAGAUUACAUAUUUAAUUUUUUUCAAUAAAAUUAUCACAUAAUUAAUAAACAUAAUAUACCUUAUUCCAUAACCAGCACCCGGUUUCUGAAUUCAGUAUUGUCAAACUGUAUUUUAACGUUACUUAAGCAUGUUUUCGUUUCUGUUUUUUUUUAUGAUCAGUUGAUAGCACGAGGAUUAUUUGCCUUGUGUUUUUCACAGCUUAAGUUAUUGAGAAUAAACAGUUGAGAUGUUACACUUUUCUCAAUUCGGAAAUCAGCUGUUAGCCGCGAGAAAUCAUUUAAUAAUAUGCCUAGAUAUCAGCAAAACAAAAUACAUUUUGUUUUAUCUUAUUAGUUGGAGACGGAUGUGUACUGGUCGUAGUAUCCUUUUCCCGCUGAAUCAACUCCUACAGAGGAACUAGCGCUUACUGAUCUUCCAAGGACGACUCCUGAUUGCCGACGUGUCUGCCCAACACUAAAAUAAAAAAAAUCAGAUAAAGCCAAUAAACAAUUAUUAUCUAUGCUAAUACUACUAAUACUAAU